AUGGAAACAAUACGACGAGUUUGAGCGUCUGUUACUACGCAAAUAUAUUAUUAAUGGUAAUAAAAAAUAUCAUACGUGUAAGCGCGUAAUUUGUCUGUUCCAAUAGCACUUUUAAAAUGGCGUCUGUUACACCUACUUAUAGGAUAAUUCGCUACAUGUCACAACCAGUCGUUCAGACAUGGUGGUAGAGAAAAUUAAUUUACUUGAACCUUUUGAAAAUGUCACACGUCUGCUCAAAAUCCUGGGGUGUUGGUAUUCGCCAAACGAGACCGCAGUUUACAAAAUUUAUAAAAACUUUAUCAUAGCUACAUGUUUUAUAUACACAGUAACAUGCAAUAUUUAUGUAUUUCAAAAAAUGUUCACUGAUUCGGAUAAAGCGUACGAAACUUUGGAGAUCGCGGUUGGUUCAGCAGAAGGCGUGUUAAAAGGUAUAAUAUUCCGCACGAAAUUCCAAAAAAUCACCGAAUCAUGGCAGCAAAUACAGCAACCAGAGUUUCAACCAAGGAAUGAAAAACAAAAAAGUGUUUUGAGAAGAUACAUUGAAGUAACAAAAACUUUCUUCAAGGUGUACUUUUCUCUAGUCUACGUUGGUUGUGUGACCGGAAUCGUUGUCUCCUCUUGGUUGAGACAUAAGGACUUACCUACGGACCACUGGCUACCAUUUGACUUUCGCAGGCCGUUUUUGUACCCAUAUGUCUAUGUUCAUGUAACAGUGGGUCUAUAUCUUAACUCGUUCACAAACUGUGUUCUGGACUCGUGUUUUUACUUGUCUUUGCUGCAUAUAACAGCCCAGUGUGAUGUGCUUGCUGAUACUCUUAAAAAUAUCCACGACUUGGAUAAAUUAAACGGUAAAAACGUCCCAGAACGGGAAAAUGUGGACGAAGUAAUGAAUAAAAUUCUUACCGAAUGCAUGAAACAUUUCAAACUUAUUCAAAAAUUCACUAAUGUAAUUACCGACUCUUUCAAAGAAAUUUUAACUUUGCAGUUUGUUCCGACAAUUGCAAUGAUUUGUAUUUCAAUGUACAAAAUAUCCACGCUACACCCAUCAAACACACAGUUCUGGUUUUUUAUAUUUACUGACAUAGGCGCCACUACCCAGAUUUUCAUUUACUGUUUUGUUGGAAACUUGGUUACCACCACAAGCGAAAAAUUAUUCUAUGCAGCGUUUGAAUCGCAGUGGUAUAAUGCGUCUCAAAAAUUUAAGAAAAAUGUAAUAACGGUUAUGAUGGCAGUUCAACAACCUAUUAUUUUUUACGGCUGGAAUGUUUUUGCAAUCAACUAUGAAACGUUCAAAUCUAUUAUGCGAACAUCCUGGAGUAUCUGUGUUGCUCUCAAAAGCACACAAGAUCUGUAACUUACUUCUUAUUAUCCUAAACUAGUUAUAACAGCGUUUUAGCAUUUUAGACAAUCUUAGAUAGUUUUAGAUUUGUGUCCUGAAAAAUUGUAAAGGUGCAAUUAUGAUCAAUGUAUUUUACUUUGAGCACAAUAAAAAGUAU